AUGGGUACCAUCCGUGGCUACAAGGCCGAUAUUCGCUUGAAAGAAUCAUGUAGUCCAGUGUUCAAGAAAGCUAGGCCUGUUCCAUAUGCUCUAAGGGAGAAAGUAGGCCUAGAGUUAGAUAGAUUAGAGAAAGCGGGUGUGUUGGAAAAAUGUACCACAAGUGAAUGGGCAUCACCCAUUGUUGUUGUACCUAAAAGUGAUGGACAGAUUAGGGUCUGCGGAGACUAUAAAGUGACAAUAAAUCCGCUGAUAGAGGAUAAUGCGUAUCCAUUUCCAACCUCAGAGGACUUGUUUGCAACGCUAGCCGGUAGUGAGGUAUUCUCAAAGAUUGACCUCAGCCAUGCAUACCAACAGUUGGAAUUGACGGAGAAUUCGAGGGAACUCUGUACUAUAAAUACGCAUCAGGGAUUAUAUAGAUACAGAAAACUACCAUUCGGGAUUAAAUCAGCGCCCUCUAUAUUCCAAUCCGUGAUGGAUAGAAUCCUAGGAAACCAGAAGGGUGUGGCAAGCAUUCUCGAUGACAUUCUCAUUGGGACCAAGAUUCCCGAGCACGUGGAUAGCCUGGACACAGUGCUAAAGCAGUUGGCAGAUCACAAUGUGGUUGCCAAAAGACCUUAA